UGACAUUUUCAUUCUAUUUAAUAUGUGGUAAGACUGGCUUAGCAUUGCUACACCAGUUUAGCCCUUAUGACUUUUCAAUUGGUACUUCUUUCAUUACUGAUGUCAAUAUCACCUGAGAGAUUAUGUUGUUGGUGGGAAUUACAGCAACUCAGUUGAAGCGUUCCAAAGUAUUUUAUUGCAACGCCAGCGGAUGUUAAUACAUCACUAGCGAGGCAUCUUUCUGACCUUUGGCUCCAAGACAUUUCACACGGCUUUGAGGCUCGAGUCGAGAAAGGAACAACAUCCUUAGCAGUUGCAAGCAGCACAUCAUUAUGGAGACAGACCAAGAGGCUUGCAAGGCAGCUGCAAGCUGUCCAGCUCCAAGCCAAGGACCCGUCAAGACUGGCUGGCUGUCCUCCAACAAGAGGGGCCCCCCAGUAACCAAGCCGCCAUCUGAUGGGACCUCUCGUUUCCAAGGAGACGGGGUUCGCUAUAAGGCCAAGCUGAUUGGCGUGGACUACGUCCCAGCGGCCCAGGGAGAUAAGAUGUGUUUGGACUCCAUGAUGAAACUCAAGGGCCAGGAGGUGGCAGGCAGGAACCAGGGACGACACAAGCAGAGGGUGUGGCUGAAGGUGUCCAUUACUGGUGUGAAAAUCUUAGAUGAGAGGACUGGGGUUGUGGAGUAUGACCACGAGAGGGGGAAAAUAAACUCCCUGACAAAGGAUGAGUCAGACCCUAGAGCCCUCUCCUACAUCUACGAUCAUGAAGGCACCUACACUCUGUUCUACAUCAAGAUGGCCAAUUUGGCUGACCCUGUCCUUGAUGAUAUCAAAGAAGUCUGCCAAAGCCCAGUAGCACAGGAGGACCAAGUCAUAAAGGUCAAUAAACCAGUAGAGAAUGCUGUCGCCUUGCUGCUUCUUGAUGAGAAUAUAGCUUCUCCAAAGGGCCUGGAUGACUUGGAAAUGUUCAAUUCCAUGCCUAACUCUCCGUCAGGGCAACCAAAGCAGAUCUCAUCCAGGGACGAGCUGAGGGACAUCUUCUCUUUCCCCAGUCAAAACUCUGACAUGAAUCAACCAGGAUCUCCACAGUCUCUGUCAGUUCCUCAGAUAUUUCCCACCGUCCCUGGUCAGCCGAUCGCUGUUGCAUCAUUCAUCUCACCUCCUGUUUCAAUACCUUGGUGUCAGCAAGGGCCCCUCCCAACUCUCUCACCCAGUUUAAAUGGAUCCUGGGGGGCUCCGGCCCCCUGGCCUUCCCAGCCCAACAUGACUGGAUGGAUCCCGGGGCCGGGUGGCAUGAUGCCCUAUGGAGGCCCCCAGCUGCAGGGGUACGGAGUGAACCCACAGCCAGGGGUUAUGUGGGGUCAGAACACAAUGAGCUUUCCCACCUCUGCCCCAAACUACACACCCUACAGGGCAGAGGGACUCCAGCAGCAGCCCGGCUCUCCUACCACCAACAACAAACCAGCCCAAGGAUGAACUGGCUUAGAGAGCCAAUGAAAUGUCCUUGUUGUCUUCAUGUCUGUAUGCUUGGCAUUGUCAGGGUCGGAUUACAGAACGGGCACGCAGGGCACGACCUUCUAUGCCCCCUGAAGUUCGGGGUUCCCCAGAUAGCAUAUUAUAGCAAAAUGUGUAGAAUUACAGAAAAUGUGCUUUAAAACUGCAACCUUUUCUCUCAGCCUCAUGGCAAAAUGUGAGCAAUAGCAUGAGAUGAGCUAUAAAACAGAACAUUCUUCUCUCUGACCUAUGGCAAAAAGUGUAGAAUUGCAGGAAAUUAACUUUACAACUGCAAGAUUUUCUCAUAGCCUCAUAACACAAGGUAUAGAAAGAAUAGCAUUAUAAAACUACACAUUUUUUAAGGAAGUUAGCAGUUUUCCUAUGAAAAAAAAUCUGGAUGCCCCAAAUGCAGUAGUCCGGCCCUGUGCAUUGUCUUUCUAGUACUUAGUAGUGCCUUUUCCAUAUGUAUGUAUUCCGUAUUCCAUUCCGUAUGUAUGAAUCUGUUUACUAGGGUGCAGUUCUACAUUGCUUUUGAUAAUGUACAUUUGUGAAUUUGAGCUCAACGGCAAUUAUAUCUGUAGAUUGUUCAGUAGACUUUACUUUUUUUGACAGAAUCAUUUAGAUGAAGAAGUAAGACAAAUUACAUUCAAAUGCUGUAAUUUUGGAGGGAUCUCACAGAGCUGAACUUGUUUACAAUUCUGAGAAUUCACAUGAAAGACAAAUUUGACAUUCUUUUUAAAUGUAUUUUCUCCGUCUAGGUAAACAAGAUAACAUGGUUAUGUUUGUGUUCUGGAAAGUGAAUUCCAUGCAUGCUGUGGAUCUCAUGAUGGGAUGAGUGUUUAUAAAUCAUGUUUCGUAGAUAUUUAAAUCAAGUAAUGAGGGUCGAAUAGAUUUAUGAUUAUUUCAGCUCCAUUUUGCAUUAAAUGGUAUUAGGCCUACUGAUAAUGUUGAAAAAAGUACUCGUUUUUCAAGAGGAACAUACACUUUGUAAUGGUAAUCAUAUCAAAAGACGGUCAUGGAAAUAAAUUGUGUCAUGGAUUUCAUAAUAAAAAUGAAUAUCUUACGGUAA